AUGGAUGAGUCCACGAUUGUAUUCAUCAUAGCGCUUAUAAUAAGUUUCUUCUUCAUUAAAUGGUUUAUACAGUCAGACUCACAUCCUUCUGCCCAACAGGCGCUACAGUCGACUACAACAACAGCCACGACUACAUCAUCCAAUAGAAGAAAUACUAAUUCUAAUAGGGCCCCAAGACGUAGAAGAAGACCUGUAAACGAUGAUAUGGUUGAGAUUGUGCAAACUUUGGCCCCUCAGUUGCAUCCUGAAAGGAUCAGAUACGAUUUGGAAUUAUCAGGUUCAGUUGAGGCCACAGUUGAGCGUUACUUAAGAGGAGAGGAAUUCCCAUUUCCACCUGGGUAUAUGUCCCCGGAGGCUCCUGCUUCAGAGCCACGUGAGCAGCAUCAGCAUGAACCUAGCGAUCCCCGUAAGCAAAGCAGCAUAAGACCUGACGAUUUGAUAUCUAAAUACAAUGUUGAUUUGCAAGCCGAUAUGUCAGCCCUUGAGUACAACGACUUGUCCAUUGAAGAGCGUAAAAAGUUCCUGGUAUGGAAGGCAAGAAAACGUAUGGAAGAGGUCUUGAAUAAGGAUGAAGAUUUAGGGUCUUUAUUAAACUGA